CACAGUUCUCAUGCAAAGUAAAUGUUGUACAAAGCCAUGAUAAAGGGUUAAUAUACUCUUCAAGACUCCAUUUUAGUUUCUCAGCAAAUAUGGAGUUCCCCAAAUUUACUUCCAGUAUGCAUCUCUCAUCAUUUUAUUGCUUGAUUCAUGUUUAAAUGUAUUUAUUUUGAUGCUUUCAACUAAUAUUAUUUAUGGUAUAAUAUGUUUGCAGUUCCUCCGGCACAAGUAAUGUACAAGAAUCAACUACAAGAGUACACACAAAAAAAUGUCAAACCACUUCCAAUUUAUCAAACAGUUAAUGAAGGUUUUCCACAUGCCCCAAAGUUCAGAGCAAAGGUUUUGGUUAAUGGAUCUGAAUAUGAAUCCAAAUCGACAUAUCCCACGAAGAAAGAAGCAGAGCAGGCAGUAGCAAAAAUAGCUUAUGAAUGCAUUCACAGCGAAAUGGAUGCUAGAGAUAUUUCACUUAUUUACAAGGAACCUAUGUUGUGCAAAUCCAUUCUCUAUGAAUUUGCCGUCAAGAGGAAUUUGGAUAGGCCUAUAUAUAAUACUAGACACACAGAAGGGCCAAGCUCAGUUUAUAUUUGUCACUUGGUGUUGGGAGGCAAAACUUACAAAGGUGAGUUAGCUGGGAGCAAGCAAAUGGCAAAGCAAGUAGCUGCUCAAUCCGCGAUUGAGUCACUCUUGGAAACUGAUGCAGGAACGCUUCACCAGAUCAUCAUGUCCAAAAAUAAGUGUCAUCCUUGUAUGCAAACCAGAAUGGAUACUGGCUCUAGUGAGAAAAUGUUGCCAAAAUGCUCUGGCAAUUUACAAGAUCAAAAAACAAGCAGUGAGAGUGCAGUUGCUUGCUUCAACACCGAUGGCAUAGUUGGUAGCUCUGGAAGUGGACCAAAGCGUAAAACUGAAACCAACAAUUGGGGAAGGAACAAAAUGAGAAGAUUUGGCAAUUGAUAGUUGGACUUUUGUGUCCGUCUUAAGAUCUAGUUAGACUAUACUUGGUGACUGUAAAGACUCAUGAGAUAUUUAUUUCUGAUUGUAUUUGAAAACCACUACCAGCAAAAAUUAUCAAGGGAACUCCUUAGUGCGUAGUAGUUAUUGAAGGGCUGAA